GAAGAAUCGUAGUUUACGAUCGAGUGUUGGAGCUUGAAGAGCUCGUUGUUCUGCUUGAUUGACGGUACUAAAGUUCUUUGUUUUGUUAGAAAAUAUCUUCGGAUGGGCAUUGGUUGGCAGAAACAUUGUCAAAUCUAAGAAAAAGAAAAAUGAAAUCAUUAGUAGUAGUUUGGCUAGUUUUAAUCAUAACUGUAUAUGGACAAGGAGGAAAUCAAAAAUGUGCACAAAAUGGAGAGUAUUGCCUGACCCACAAUGAUUGCUGCUCAAGAAGUUGCCUGAGUUUUUCUUACAAGUGCGUUCCUGUUCCACCAAGUGCCGCUGUUGGAUCAACAGUGAUACCAGUGUCGAAUACAUUCGAAAAUAGAUUUGGCGGUUCUGGUGGGGAUGGCGGUACUAGUUUAACUCAAAAAACUUGUGCUUUAGAAGGAGAGUAUUGUCUUACUCAUGGUGAAUGUUGCUCGGGAAACUGCCUUUUUUUCUCUUAUAAAUGUGUGAAAUUAAACAAUCCAAACUUAUCGGAUGUUUCUCACACUCGCGAGCCAUCUAAUCCUGUUACGCCGAUGGACUUGUCAAAUCGUGUUGGAGAAGAUGCUCUUGCUGUUACCAGUACAACCGCACAAUCUUCGAAUUCUUCAAUAGUUAUCAAGAAAUGUUCUGAAAUUGGUGAAUAUUGUCUUACACCCAAUGACUGUUGCUCUGGAAGCUGCUUGAGCUUCUCUUAUAAAUGUGUUACCAACAACGUUUUAAAAGGGUCAUCUAUUCACCAACAAUCAGAUCAGGGAUCAGAAGCGAUCAAGAAUCGCUUUGGCGAUUCUACUUUACAAAAUACAACAAAAUGUGCGGCUGUUGGAGAAUAUUGUUUAACUUCAUCUGAAUGUUGUUCUAAAAGUUGCCUUAGUUUUGCUUAUAAAUGCGUCAAUUCCUAUGAGCUUAUGACUCCUCAAUCUCAAAACAAACAAACGACAUCAGUUACAACGGCUAAUCGUUUUGGUGGUUCACUCACCUCCAUCAAUGCUACAAACACUGCAAAGCAAUGUGUUUCAAAUGGGUUUUACUGUUUAAAUAAUAACGAAUGCUGUUCUAACGCUUGUUUUAAAUCUGUCUGCUCAACUGAAAUUCGUUUGGGUGUACCAGAGACUGUUUUAACGCAACCAUCAGUUAACAAUGGGCCAUAUGUUCCAGUGCGUGAUCUGGACGAUCUUAUCACAAGAUUCGGAGGACAAACGCCGCAAGAAAGUCGCCAGCAUCAAAGAGCAUGUAUGGCCGUAGGUGACAGAUGCACCAACCAUGGAGAUUGCUGUUCUAAAAAUUGCCAUUCUUAUCGCCGCAAAUGCGUCAACUAGAUUAUUUCACUUAGAAGAACACUUACUAGCCAUUGUUACGUGUUAUAAAACGAAAAUAUAUGCAGAUUGUAAGAAUCUUUUUCGAGGAAAUACAAUAAGUUUGAUGAGACAAACCACUUGUCUGUCAAUUUUGGAAAGUCGUCGUAGAAUAUUUCAUUUGCUGUGGUAAUACUAUUUUUGGCGUUCAUCAUUACUUCAUCGACACACAUUUGGUACUUAUGAUAUGUUUAAAUACAAGCAAAUCAUUUUAUGCAGUGCACAUAUCUUUAAAGCCUAUUAAUUAGAGGUUAAUUAGAGGUUUAGAAGCAAAAUCGGUGCGUGUUCCUUGCGCGCAUAGCUUAAAGACGGGGCGCACAUAGGAUCCGAAAUUAUCAUUCUCGGAAAUUUCCCAUACAAUGAUAAAAGCAUUACAGGUGCAUGAGCAAUUCCCAUACUCUACUAUUUCAAAAGCAAUUUUAAUAGAUUAUAUUGAGAAUAAUCUAUAUCAUUGAAUAACAAAAUUAUACCAAUGUUCAAAUAAUAGAAUAACAAUAUAUCCGAUUUUAUUCAAAAUGAUUUGUAGAAUUAUUCCUAAAUCCCCAAAGUCCUUCGGCAUGUCUCAUAUUUAGGACUUGUUCGAUAUACAUGGUAUCAAUUUCAAAAUUAUUUUAAAAUAUUUAAAACGUGGUACCCAGGACCAUAGUGUGUAACUUAUGUUUAUCGGUCAUCACUUCUGGAAAGUUUUUAUUGAAAAAAAAAAUAUUUUAAAUGUUGGUAUGUAAUCGUGGGAAACCUGUUGGAUUCAGAACUACGACCGUAUAAAAUGCUGAAGAAAAUGUGUAUGCCAACUGAGUUAUCAAAAAUAAAAAAGUCCUAU